AUGAAAUUCAACAUCCUAUGUUACCUAUUCAUUAUUUUUAUAGUGAAUGUUUCUAGUACAUUAUCAUAUUCUGACAACAAGGUACGUCUAUACAAUUUACUUCGAUCGUCGACAUAUUUCAACCCUGAUUAUUUGGUAUUUGCACGACGAAAUGAUUAUCAAACAGCUACAACACCUCUUUCUGCACAUUUCAGUUCUAUCGAGGAAGAUAAAACCCAUAUUAAAACGCGGGACAAUUGGGACUCCGGCGAAGAUUACUAUUUUCAAUGGGCGAACAGAAAUCGUCGACCAGUAGAAUAUUUUACUGGACGAAAACGUCAAUCGAGUAAAAGCGUACCGCCACCACGUCGUCGUUUUGAUUUUAAAGGUCUUUGGAAUAGUGGGCUUGUUGGAUGA